UUAGUUAGGAUGCUAAGGUGUCAACCUAGUCAGGAGACUGCUAUAGUUUGCUUAUUAGGGUUGACAAGCAUGUUUACAUUGUCGACGUAGUGGGGUCGAGUCCGGUUUCUAGAAAUGGCUGGCACGGGAUCGGACGAGGAGGACGGCAAUAGCAGCGCUGAGAAGAAGAUUAAGGAGAUUAAGGAGAAUAAGGCGAAGAAGGAAAAGCUGGAUGAAUUCGACAUCGAUAUUGACGCGCUUUUGGCGGCAGCGAGCGACGACGAUGACCUGGAUGACGUGGACGAUUUCGGAGAGGGUCUGUGGGGUGGGCGCAGCCUGGAGGAGAUCCUGAAUGACGUGUCGGAUGACGACGAUGACGUGGCAGAGGCUAGUGACGGAAACUUGGAAAAUAGACCCGAGUCAGGCGUUUCUGCUCGUGAUGAAGUUGGAGCAGCUAUUCUGCCUUCUAACGGGGAUAACCAUCUCUCCCUGACUGUGCCUCGUUUAGAGCCUGCUAAAGAAAAAUCCGCUGUCCUUCCUAUACUAGAUAACCCAUGCGUCACUGUAGACGCCUCUUCAGCCGCGUCCAAUGGCUCGUUGCCACGUGGCCUUGGCGGAUCAGGCAGCCCUGGGAGCCCCCAAUCUUUGGACGGUCGAGAUCUGUCGUUCGGGCAGUGGGACAGCGACGGAAUUGGUAGUGGUCAUGAUCGGUAUACGGGGAUGGAGAUCAAGCGUCAGGCAGACGGUAGUGCGGAGAUUAGGGAUGUGCAAAACGAGGAGGCAGACGGUAGUGCUGUCGUGUUCAAUCAGGUUCUUAGACCACCUGUUGCGAUUCAUAGUACAGAGCCUUGUGCGAAGAAGGCGGUUGAGAGAGGGGAGGGAAAGGGGAGCGAGGAAGAGGAGGAGGAUGAGGAGGAUGAGGCGAAUGAAGGGGACGGGGUGAGUUGUGAUGUGCGGGAGCCGUCCUUUGGGCACUGGAAGAGGCGCGGCAACCGGGAAGAGAGCGUGACUGAAGCGAGAGAGGGUAGUGCCGCUAUCGAAGGGGAAAACAGGGUGGCAGUCAGCGUGGGAAACGUAAGCAGGGAGAGCAUGCAGCAGCGACUGCUUAGUGCCGCCAACGAGCCAUAUCAUGUGCUACGGCCGACUGCUGCCACUGGUGCUGGGUUACUUAGUAACCUGCCUGAAUCGAUUCGGGAACCGCCUAGUGCCCACGAGCCAUCUCAUGUACCACAGCCAGCUACUGCCCCUAGUGCUGACUUAGGCAAACUUCCCGGGUCCACUGGGCUGGGAGGAGGCGGAGGCGGAGAAGGAGGAUGGGAAGGAGGAGGGGAAGGAGUAGAUGUGGAAAUUGGAAGAGGAGGCGGAGUUGUUGCAGGAGGAGAGGGAGGAGGCGGUACGAAGGAAGCAGCCUGGGUGGAUACAGCAGGCUCGGCAUCCCUAGACAGCCCCCGGAGCUCCGAGAGCGCAGCCACGGACAGCAGCUUCGGAGAUUUGUCUGUUGUGAGCGGGAACUCCUGUCCUGUCAGCGUGCUGGCGAGAAGAGGCAGUGGGGAAGGGCUAUCCGGGGCAGGCAGUACUGGGGGAUCAGCAUUCGGAGGGUCUGCUUUUGGGGGGUACGGAGGGGAGGGCGUGGAGAGUAGGUUGCACAGACAUGGGCAUGCGCAUGCGCAGGGGCAUGGGCAUGGGCAUGGGAUUGGGUAUGGGAGUCGGUACGGCCAUGUGAGUAGAUCACGUGGUGGGUUGCCGAGGAUUAGACCAGGAGCCGCGUUUGCUGCUGCGGAAGUAGCAGCUGCUGCAGCGGCCCAACGCCGAGCCGUCUUGAGUCAGACACAGGCGCUGAGACAAAGGGGGGCCACUGCUGCUUCUGCUGUUUCUGCUGCUUCUGCUGUUUCUGCUGCUCCUGCUGUUUCUGCUGCUCCUGCUGUUUCUGCUGCUUCUGCUGUUUCUGCUGCUUCUGCUGUUUCUGCUGCUUCUGCUGUUUCUGCUGCUCCUGCUGUUUCUGCUGCUCCUGCUGUUUCUGCUGCUUCUGCUGUUUCUGCUGCUCCUGCUGUUUCUGCUGCUUCUGCUGUUUCUGCUGCUUCUGCUGCUUCUGCUGCUGCUGCGACUUCUGCUGCUUCUGCUGCUGCUGCGACUUCUGCUGCUUCUGCUGCUGCUGCGACUUCUGCUGCUUCUGCUGCUUCUGCUGCUGCUGCGACUUCUGCUGCUUCUGCUGCUGCUGCAGCGGCAGACGAAACCACCAGUGGCACUUUAGCAGGUUCUGUAACUGUAGCCGCACCGGCAGUGGCUGCUUCAAGAGCAGCAGGACCGGUAGAUUUAGAGUCAGCUGAAGUGGCAAUAGGUCCCUCGGUGGCAGUGGCGCCUCAUACAACUCAUGCUGCUGGUGCUGAUGAUGCCGAUGCUGCUGCUGACGCUGCCAGUGGUGCUGGUACUACUAGAGGUGCUGCUGGUGCUGCUGGUGCGGCUGAUGCUACUGGCGCUGCUGGUGUUGCUGGUGAUGCUGGGGCUAUGGUUGCUGUAGAUAGUGAGGGACGGCGGGAGGAAGAGGGUAAGGCGAGUGAAGGGGAGGAAAGGAGCAACGAAGAAGGAGCAGUGGGUGAGGCCACUCGGGCGAGUGAGAGGGGUGAAACGGGCGAGAAUGACAAGGAGGAAAGCGAGCAAGUCGACGAGGUGGAGGAGGAGGGAGAGGUGGAGGAGGAUGAGGAGGAGGAGGAGGAUGAGGAGGAGGAGGAGGAUGAGGAGGAGGAGGAUGGAUAUGAGUGGGAAGGGGAGGAAGGCGAAGGCGGGGGUAGCUUGAAUGAGGCCAGUGCUGCUGCAGUCUCAGCAGCAGCCCUGGCAGCAGGUGAACUUGAGAGCCUUCGGAGCUUCUGGGUUGCCCCACCUCUUGGUUCUGCUGCCAUCCACAUUGCAAGUUCUGCUGCUGCUCCAGGCGCUGCUGCUACUGCUGGCGCUGCAGCUGAUGGCCGUUCCCCUGCUGCAAGAGAUGCUGCAGCCAGUGCACAUGGGCUCAGUGGUGCCCAUCGACGCAUGCAUGGCCAUGGGGCCUUCAAGGACCACAAGGACGCAACGGGAGAGAAGGGGGGGAAGGAGGAGGAGGAGGAGGAGGAGGAGGAGGAGGAGGAGGAGGAGGUGGGGGAGGAGAGGGGGGAGAAGGAAGGGGAGGGGAGGGAUGAGCUGGCGGUGCUGGAAGCGAAGGAGAGGAUGCAGCUGCUGGUGGGGUGGAGGAAGGAGGAGGGCGGGCAGGAGGCGGUGAGGGACGGAGGGCCGGGAGAUAGUUCUGUCUCUGCUGCUGGGUCUGGGGAGAGCGGAAACAGCUCAGCAGCAGCAGCAGCUGCAGCAGCUGCAACAGGAGCAGUAGCAGCAGCAGCAGCAGCAGCAGCAGCAGCAGACGGUUCGGCGGAACUAGCAGCAACCGCAGCAGCAGCAGCUGCAACAGUUGCAGCGGCACCAGUAGCAGCAUCAGCGGCGCCAGUAGCAGCAUCAGCGGCGGAUCUACCUUCACUCCCGCUCGCCCCGAUCCGCUUCGAGGGGAUCGAGAGAGGCCCGCCCGCCGUGGGCCUCCUAGAAGUUGACGCCGUGCCGCCCCUCUGCGCUGAGCUGGCAUCUGCUGACGUCAUUCCCAACAAAACGGACUCAGCAGCCAACCCCCGAUCGGCCACUGCAAUAGCUGUUCACGAGAUGUUUGUAGCCGUGGGGACAGCAGGAGGGAAGGUGCUGCUAAUGACAGUCACCUCAGGCAACCUGGCCACAGCUGCCAGGGUCACAGAGCUGAUCCCCCCUGUCUCCGCGCUCUCAAGCGCACCACCGGACAAGCAAGGGAUCUCAUCAAUUUCCGUACUCGCCUUCUCCCCCUCCGCUGACCUGCUAGCAGCAGGGCUGGCCUCUGGCGCUGUGGUCCUCUGGGAUAUCUCGUCCCUGCGCCCGAGGUACUCGGGAGCGGCUUCAUCUGAGGCGUGGGGAGGGGUGAGGAAGGGUGCGGCGGUGGUGCAUGCUGGCUUUGCUGCGUCGGGGUUUCCAGUUUCAGGUGCUGCUGGUGGCGCUGCUGCUGCUGCUACCGGUGGUGCGGGUGGUGGUGGUACUGGUGGUGCUGCUGCUGGUGCUGCUGCUGGUGCUGCGUCUGGUGGUGCAGGUGGGGGUGGAGGUGCUGCCGCUGCUGCGGCCAGUGGGAAAGGUGGAGGAGAGGGAAGAGGGGGAGGAGGGGGAGCAGGAGAAGGAGGAGGGAGUGAUUUUGGAGCGGGGUUGGUGAGUGGGGCGUCGAAUCUUAUGAGUGGGGGGCUCAGUGGGGGGUUGAUGGGAGGGGCGGCAACAAGGAGCUAUGCUGUGGUGACAGGGGAUGCCUCAGGGCUGGUGGUGCUGCACUCGGUCAGCUACGUGCCGUUUCUGCGUACCAUGAACGUGGCCUCUCAGAAGAUUGGAGGUCAUUGCCUGUUACUCUCCGCAUGGUUACCAGGUCCCAUCCACUCUUCCCAGCUUGACUCCAGCAGCACCGUGCCUGCGUCCCAAGCCUACCAGCCAGGCUCGACAGGGCCAGCGCAGCAGAGUGGACUUCCAGGUCCGGGGAAAGGCGGCGAUAUGGCUUCAGAGGCGAGGCAGAGGGGGGGAGAAGGAGCAAGAGAGGGAGGAGGACGGGGAGGAGGGGAGAAGGGGGAGGGGGUAUCGGAGGAGGUGACAACUGGUGAAGUGAUGAUGGUGACUGACAAAGUGCUCCUGCUGGUGCAAAUCCUCCCGAAGCUCGCCCACCGGUGCACGCUCGACCUGCUGCCCUAUGCCCUGGACCCCAACCGCACCGCCCUGCCCUAUGCUGCCUGGCGCUGGGGCAUCUCCUUCCGCCGCGCCCCUCCCCCUCCGUCCCCCCUCCACAAACACGCUGCUUCCCGCAUUGCACACCCCUCCUCCUCCUCUUCCUCCCCCGCCUCCUCUCCCCCCACCUCCUCCCUUCGACAAACCCCCUCUCCUCCCCCCUCCCUGUCGCUACCUGCCUCUUCUGCCAACGCCAGCACCCGUGGCAGAGGCAGCAGCAUGAGUAGCACCAGCAGAAGCGGAGGAGGGGGAGCAGCAGGCGAGACGAACAGGCAUGGGAGGGGAGGGGGGGAGAAUGGGUUGCCGGCUGAGAGAAGGGAGGCAGGGAGAGCAAGCAUGGGUGAGGUAUCAGGAAGUAGUGGCGCUGCGGUAGGGGAGAAAAGCCAUGGUUCAGAUAGUGCUGGUGCUGGUGCUGGUGGUGCUAGUGCUGGUGGUGGAAGUGGAAGAGCAGAGGGAGGAAUAGGCGCUGCAGCAUCAAAAGCAGCACCAGCAGCAGCGGCAGCGGGGGGGCGGUGGGUGCAGGAGAAGGUGUUUGCGCUGGGGUGGGGGCGGGUGGUGCUGGUGGUGAGCGUGUGGGGACGAUCUAUGGAGGUCAUCCACCGCUGGGACGUGGACUCCACUGUGGCUGGAUUGGCAUGGCUCGAUCAUCAGGUUCUCCUCAUCCUCACAGCCUCGGAGCACUUUUGUCUUUUCUCACUGGGCGGCCAGCCAAUCAAGCGCCAGCCCUUGCUACACUACGACUCAGCCUCAGACUAUACAAAUGCUCCCAGCUACAGUAGCUACAGUACUUCCGGCCACGGCCGUUUCGGCCUGGUCUUCCAGCCGUUUUUGUCUCGUAGCGGUUGCCCGAUCCCCUCGUUCCAGAACAGUGUCGCCGCCUGGAGCAGCGGGGCGGCGGCGUUUGUCCUCUUGCAAGGGGGCGGCAUGGUGGUGCGGGCACACCUUCUGUCGUGGAAGGAGAGAAUCAAAUCUCUGGAAGCGGCCGGCGACUGGAUGAAUGCACUGCACACUGCAAUGGAGAUAUACCAAGGGAGAGCGGUGGGCGUAACAGGGUUACCAUGUGACCCUGCAGAGCUAGCAGCAGAGAUGGGGGAACUCCUUCUAGCCUACAUCGAGCAAGUUUUCUCGUACUUACAGCAGAGCGCUGCAGCGCUUAGCCCGAAAACGCUUAGCCCAGCAGUACUUAGUCCGGUGGCUCUCAGCCCUGUGGCACUAAGCCCUGUAAGUGCCGGCCCGGAACUGUCACCCCGCCACCACCCAAGCUCCUCGGGGACCCACCUGAGCUCCUCGGCUGCUGCGAUUCCCAACUCUGCAGCAGCAGCAGCAGCAGCAGCAGCAGCAGCAGCAGCAGCAGCAGCAGCAGCAGCAGCAGCAGCAGUGGCAAGAGCAGCAGCAGCGGCAAUGGCCGGGGAGCAGAGGGAGGAGUAUGUGCGGGUGGGCGGGGUGUCGAUUGAGUUCUGCAUUCGAGUGAACCAGCUGCCGCUGCUGUUUGGUGCGGUGUUCGACAAGUUCACAGAGCGAGGGCAGCGAGGAAUAUUCCUCGAGCUUCUGGAGCCCUACAUCCUCACAGACCACCUCAGCACCCUCCCACCCGAGGUGAUGCAAGCACUAGUGGAGCAUUACAGUGAGCGGGGGUGGCUGUCGCGAGUGCAGCAAUGCGUGCUGCAUAUGGACAUUGCUUCGCUUGACAUCAACCAGGUGGUGCGGCUGUGCCGCCACCACAACCUGCACACAGCCCUCAUCUACCUCUUCACCCGCGCCCUCGCGGAUUUCGUCUCUCCAGCGCAGCAGCUGCUGGCAACUCUCCUUUCCUCCCUUGCUACCGUGGAGGAAGGAGGGGGGCCAGGGGCGGGGAUGCUCAAGGGAGGGAAGAAGAGGACGAAGGAGAGGGAGAAGGAGAGGGAGGAGGGCCGGCAGUGCGGCUAUCGCCUGCUUCUCUUCCUCAAGCUCACUUUCACCGGCCGUAACUUCCCGCCAGGCGGCGGCGCCAUCCCCCCUUCUCUCCUGCCGUCAGCUCAAGCCGACCUCCUCAACUUCCUCCUCAAGCCCUAUCAUCCACCCCUCUCCUCUCACACAGUCAAGCUGAACCCUUCAUCCCACUCCUCUUCUUCUCCUCGCCCCUCCUCGCUCUCCCCUUCCUCCCACGCCCUCCUCUGCUCCCCCCUCGCCCGCCUGCUAUCCUUUGAUCCCCGCGCCACUCUUUCCGUACUGCGCGUGAUUUUCCGCUGUUUGUGCAUACUGGAUCAGCCAGAAACGAGUACAGAGCAGCCCAAGACGACCACGGAUCCAAUGCCGGCGAAUUACAGUGGCACAGCUUAUAACGAGGACAGUACUGUAGAUCCUGCAGCUGGUGGCAGACUUGUUUAUACUCUGCUAGAAAUAGUGCGCUCCUGGUGCGAAGCUGCAGACGCAAUAAGGAGUAACGAGGACUCCAUUAAGGGAUCAAACGAUGGCGCCAUUUUGGGGUCGAAGCCAGGCUCAGACGUAGUCACAGGACUAGAGGGACUAGGCUUGAGAGUAGAGGGAAUGGGGGAUGCAGCAGGGCGGGUGUUGGAGCUGGUAGCAGAGGCAGCAGCAACGGGGAGAGUGCAGCUGGACCGUCUCUCAUUGAAUGCCAUCUUCGUUUAUCUCACAUCGGGUACUGUCACUUUUGAUGAGCGUGCUUUCUCCACUGCUGCUGCUGCUGCUGCUGCCGCAAGCGUGAAAGCUACGUCUCGGACAGCUGCCCUUGACUCUGCUGCUUUCCUAGGCUCUGUCCAAGGGCGCGACCAUCCUGUACAGAAACAGCACUCUUCCUCCUCCUCCUCCCCCACCCCCUCACCCUCCUCUUGCCCCUCGCUCUCGGCCCUCUCGCCCACUGUGAGGCGGAGCAGGAGGGAGGAGGUGAUGGAGCGGCUGGUCAUCGCUCUGCCGGGUUCCUCCGGGGUGGAUUUCAACGCUCUCCUGCUGCUGGCCCUGCAAGCUGCCUUCCACCAGGUGUGUGCGCGUCUCUUCAUGCGCACCCACGGCAUGACUGGCUUCCACCAGGCGCUCUCCUCGCUCCUCACGGACCCCCACCGCCCCGGCAUGCCCUUCCGCCUCAUAAGCAAAACAGCGCUUUCGCUCACGCGCAAACAUGGGUUGGGAGGGGAGGAGGGCGCUGCGCUCCGAUUGGCCGUCAGGCGCCACCUGGCACAGCUGGUGCGGCUGGACGGCGAUGCUUGUCUGUUUGUGGCGCUGGGGCUGCUGAGGCUGGAUCUAGAGCUGAUUGUCAGUGCUGAUCUGGCCGGCCGGCCACAGCUGCAGUUUGCUUUGCUGCGGUCACUCUUCUCCCAUGCUCUUCUGCUGCCACCACCACCACCAGCACCAGCAGCAGCACCAGCACCAGCAGCAGCAGCACCAGCAGCAGCAGCAGCAGCACAAGGAAGGGCAGAGGAGAACUUAGAGGCUGAGGGUUUGAGGACAGAUGAGUGGGAGGAGCAGAGGAGGCAGAUAGCAGGGGCGGUGUCACCACGGGUGGUCGAGCUCUUUGUAGAGCUGCUCUGCAUCUUCGAUCCGCCGUCCCUGCUCCCCUUCCUCCAAUCACCGCUCGCCACCUGUCGCCUCGACCGCUGCCUCCGUGUCUGCCUUGCCCACAUCUCCCCGGCGCUUGCCGCGCCGUCACAUCAGCAAGUGCCACGUCAGCAGGCGGGCGCGGCUGCGCCAAUCCUGAACUGCCACAUCAGCGCUGCAGCGCGUGUGCUACUAGAGCGAAUGGGCCUGGUCUAUGAGGCUCUGGCGCUGCUGCUGGUGGAAAUGCACUGCUGCCUGCGAGCCCUGGAUAGGGGGGUCGCUGGGAUGCUGAUGAGGGUACUGAGGCAGAGGGGGCAGGCGGAGCAGACAGGGCAGACGGGGGAGCGGAGGCAGGAGAGGAUGAAGAGUAAGAGGGUCGGCAGGCUGAUGGCACGAGUGCUGCAAAGGGAGGAGGUGCGAGUGUUGCUAGCCAUACAGCAAGAGGCGGUGGCCCUCUGCGUCCGAAGCACGGGCAGGCUGCCUCAGUGGCAGUGCCGGGCCAUGUGGCGCGCUCUCUUGGACUGUUUCCUCCUCCCCCUCAGGGCCCUCCCCAUCCCAUCCGCCCCACCCACCGUCCCACCAGCACACCCCUCCCCAUCACACACCCCCCCCAACCGCUGGCACUCGCUCUACUCACUCCUCCUUACAGUCACAGGGGCAGCAGGGGCAGCAGCAGGGGCAGCAGCAGGGGCAGGCAGAGACAGGGUGCAGUCCCCAGCAGGUGAUUCUCCAGGUGAAAACGGUCAGCUGGGGGUUCCUCCGUCUGUGCUCAGCUCGUUUCCAGCACCGUCGCUGCCGUCGUCCGUCUUCCCUCCUCCCCCACCGCCUCUCUUUGCCUCUUGCUCUCAUGUGCUCAUGCUGCUUCGGGAGCAGCAGCAACACCAACAGCAGCAACACCAACAGCAGCAACAGCAGCAGCAAGUGCAGCAGCAGCAGCAGCAGCAACAGGAACAGGAACACCGACAGCAACAACAGCAGCAGCAGCAUCGGUGGCAACAGCAACAGGACAGCCGCCUGCAAGCUUGUGAUCUGAUCCUAUUUUCCGUCCGUUUCCUGCUACAGUGCUGUGCCACGGCCACUGUAGCAGAGAUGGCAGGGAUGGUUCCUCUCCCUGUCAUUGCGGGCUGGCUCGUUGACGGGGGAGGCGAGAGGGGGAAGAUGGAUCACAUGAAGGCAGGGGGCACAGGACUAGCACUGACCAAAGGGGUUACGAGAGUGGGUAGUAGAGUGCGGGGGUGGGAGAGUGGGAGGGCAGCAGGGGAUGUGGUGGGCGGGCUGUUGAAGCUACUAGGGCGAGCAGGGUCGGACCAGCAGCUGCUGGCUGCUGCUGCCCGGUCUGCUAACGCUGAUUCCUACUCCCGCUGCUCCUCCCUGCUCUCGCUCGUUCAACACCCCAUCGGACCCUCCUCUCGGACCUGCCGCCUCUGCGCCGGUCCUCUGUACGCUCCGUUGACCCGAGCCAGCACCAACACUGAUGCUGGCCGCAAGGGCAACCAGCCUCUACCACCAGCCGCUGCAGCAGCAGCAGCAGCACUAGCAGCAGCCGCCGCAGCAGCAGCAGCAGCAGCAACGGAAACAGCACCAGUGGAGGCGUUUCUGUGUGGGCAUGGGUUUCACCAGUCCUGCUUGGAGCGCCGGCACAGAGAGAGCUUCUUCUUCCCACCAGCCCGCGAGUGCCCCGUCUGUGGCGCCUCCUCCACUCGCCUCCUGCCCGCCCACCUCUCCUCUGCUCCACCUGCCACUGCGGCUGCUGCUAGUGUGGGUGGCUCACGCUUUGGCCUUGGGAACAGCAGCAGCAGCAGUAGUAGUGGUGGUGGUGUGGGGAGUGCCUGGGUGGGUGGGGCCAGUGGGCUGGCUGCUUCGCUGCUAGAGGCACCAGACAAACGAGAAGGGGGGAGGGAAGGGACAGGAGGGGCGGCUGCAGCACCAUCGUCAUCUGCUGCAGCACCAUCGUCAUCUGCUGCAGCAUCCUCUUUAUCGUCGUCUUCAAUAAGCACAAGGCUUCACACACUAGAAGCCUCCAGGAAACAGCAGCAGCACGACGAGUCAUGCCGACUGAAACGUCUCCAUGCCACAUCAGCGCCACGCUCCACAACUGCAAGUGGGAGGGGGAAGAUGCAGGGAGGGAGUGGGCAGGGAAGAGGGGGGAAGGAACGCUUGAGACAACAGACGGAGGAAUUGCAGAGUAAACGGGAGGAGAGGCAGAGGGCUGCUACCGAGCGGCAGCAACGGGUGAGCAUGUUCAAUCCAUUUGGACGAUUCUUUAGGGGAGGAACUGGGUCAUAAGCAUGAAAGGUGAAGUCAUGUUAUGGUACAAGGUUGCUAGUGCUGCAACUAACAGGCCCAUCUUGAUGUGUCUCUAAAUGGUGGUUUCUACAGUGUAACUCGUUGAAGAGUAUAUCACACAAUGGAAAGCUAUCCUUGAUGUCUUCAAAGCUUGCAAUAGAC